CAGUGGAUGUGAAGGCUGUAGGCUUGAUGCAAUGCAGAAAGCAGAAGAACUACAUGAUGUUUGUGUCUUGGUCAGAUCAGAACAACAUUCUCAUCUACCGGACUUUUGAAGACUUUAAGAGAUUCCAUAAAGAGCUGAAGAGAAAAUUCCCCAUCGAGAGUGGCUCACUCAGGAGAUCUGACCGGACAAUACCCAGGUUUAAAGAUGCACACGUGAAGCAGAGGAAGAGUGGGAAGCUGAACAGGUGCCUGGAGGUACUGAAACUGCUAGAAACUUACUCGCAGGAGCUGCUGAGAACGGACGCUAAAAUCUCCCAGGGUGAAGACGUGAUUCAGUUUUUCAAGGCACAGACCCAAGACCUAGAUCCCUCCUUUCCUGAAAACAGUGUUGUGAUCAUGCCAUCAGAAAUUGGAGGGGAAAAGAAAAACCGUCCACGGCAGCAGCUCUCUAUUACACACCCCCAGGCAUCCCAGAGCUACAGAUGCAUAGAAACCUUUGAAACCAAAGAUGCAAAGAACAAGACUUUCAAAGUCGCUAAGAAGGAAAUUGUGGAAGUGUUAAUCAAGGACAUGACUGGAUGGUGGCUAGUGGAAAAUGCAGACAAGCAGAUAGCCUGGUUCCCAGCCUCGUACCUGGAAGAGAUUGAUGUCCACAAGGAUGUCCAGAAUGCCUUGAGCUCGAACGAGGAGGGCAGCCUGUACUUUGUUGUGCAGGCCUACGAGUCUCAGAAAGCAGAUGAGCUCUCGCUGAACAACGGCGUUGUUGUGGAGGUGGUCAGGAAAUCUGACAAUGGCUGGUGGCUGAUCCGAUACAACGGCCGUACUGGCUACAUGCCCUCCAUGUGCCUUCAGCCCUACAAGAAUCCUCACCACAAGCUCCAGACCAUCAUAAGCUGCGGGCUCAAUGUCUCCACCCCAAACCUCUGCUCCUCCCUGAUGGCUCCCCAGCCCCAGGGUGAGGCCACGGGACGGCGCAGGGUGCAGGCUUCCUCUUCCCUUGACGGGACUGAAGAGGACGUGAGCUCUCCGAGAAGCAGAUCAAGGUCUCUGCCCAGGGCCAGCUCCACCCCGGACCUGGAGUCAGACAGCUCGUCCCUCAGCUCGGGGAGCAGCAACGAGCGGGAUGGCCGGCUGAACUGGAAGCCUGACUUGUCAAGAUCUCUGCCCGAAGUCGAGCAGGCCAGGAGCUCUCCCCUGGGGCAUGCCUUGGCCGCACACAGCAGCAAGUCUCCACACCUCACCCACAAGGACAGGAAUGAUUCUGGCUUUGUGGAGUCAUCUGCACCUGAUCUAAGCUACUCCCUCCCUGACCCAGACUUGGCCGCUUGCGUCCCCAAGGUGCCCGUGCGCCCCUCAGCCCACGAGAUCCUCCAGAAGUGCAGCACCCUCACGAAGCGAGCCAUGCAGCAGUCCUCCCGGCCAGCUCUCCAGGCUCUGCUCCCUCUCCCGAGCGUGCACUAG